GUGGUGCGGACAUCAAAACAAGACGUCCUAAGACAGAGAGAAUAGUCUUCUAUUUUGGUUGCUGAAGCAUUGAACUCAGUAUGGAUAAUUACGAAUUGGCCAUCUGAUCAUUAGGAUUGUAUUUUUUCAUUGAGCAUUGUGUUUAAUUUGUCUAUUUAACGAUGGGAGACGGAGGACAAAGAAGCAGAUGGGAGUACUGGUGGGUUGCUCUGCGUUUCUCUUUGCUGCUGUGCUUCGGGGAGCAGGUUUCAGCACAGAUAAGAUACUCUAUUCCAGAGGAGGUGAAAGAGGGAUCCGUUGUUGGAAAUGUUGCUAAGGAUUUGGGUCUUGACGUCAGUACUUUGGUGGAGAGACGGUUUCGUAUCGUUUCUGGAUCUGGAUCUGAGGAGGCUCUUUUCCAGGUAAAUCAGAACAAUGGCGUCUUGUAUGUUCAUAAGAAUAUCGACAGAGAAGGGAUUUGUAACAGCAAGGUUGCUUGCGUGAUAGACCUGAAAAUCGUCGUUGAAAAUCCUCUUGAAGUCCACUAUGUAGGUUUAGAGAUAACGGACGUAAAUGACCACUCGCCCAGUUUUUCUGAGAAAAAUCUACAUAUAGAGAUAGCCGAAAAUAGACCUCCAGGAGCUCGAUUUGAACUCCAGCCUGCGCGUGAUUUGGACGUAGGAAUUAAUUCUAUAGGUUCCUAUAAAUUAAAUCAAAACGAACAUUUCGAUUUAGAGCUGAGAGACAGUGGGGAAGGGGAUAAAAUCCCGUUUUUAGUUCUACAGAAAGCCUUGGACAGGGAACAGAAGACCAAACAUUUAUUACUAUUGACAGCAUUUGAUGGGGGGAAUCCGCCUAGAUCAGGUACUCUGAACAUAACUGUCACAGUCCUUGACUUAAAUGAUAAUCAGCCUGUAUGUAGUCAGGACGUCUAUUCAGUUACAUUACAAGAAAAUUCGGAUAUCGGUAGAUUUGUAGUUAGAAUUAAUGCAACCGAUGCAGACCAUGGGUCAAAUGGCGUGAUUGAAUAUACUCUCGGUAGAAAUUUAAAGCGGAGAGUACAUGACAUUUUCCAGUUGGAUAGCAUUACUGGGGAAAUUAAGGUGAAAGGCCCGGUAGAUUUUGAAGAAAAUGAGGUGUACAGCAUAAAUGUACAGGCGUCUGAUAAGGGCCAGCCUCCACUGACAGCUGAUUGCAGAGUUAUUGUAAAGAUACAAGACGUGAACGACAACAGACCACAAAUUGAGGUUACAUCACUAUCUAACACAGUGUCUGAAGAUUCUAAACCUGGAACUGUUAUAUCGCUCAUCAGUGUGAUAGAUCAAGACUCUGGUAUUAACGGAAAAGUUAUUUCCAGUAUAUCUGAAAACGUGCCAUUUGAGUUAAAACCUUCAUAUAAGGAUAACGUGUAUUCUAUAGUCACAAAGGGACGUUUAGACAGAGAACUCGUGUCCCAUUAUGACAUCACAAUAACAGCCACUGACUGUGGCCAGCCUCCUCUGUCCACAUUCAAAACUCUGAGCGUCCAGAUAUCAGAUGUGAACGAUAACCGUCCAGAAUUCUCCCAAAACCCCUUUGAGCUGUACUUAGUGGAAAAUAACGCCCGUGGUGCUUCCAUAUUCUCUGUAAGCGCUUCUGAUAAAGACAUGAAUGAAAAUGCUGCGAUUUCAUAUCACAUAGUUAGAGGAGAAGGGACACAGAAUGAUAUGGCAUCUUUUCUGAAUAUAAAUUCUGAUAAUGGCCAUAUUUCUGCGCUAAAGAGCUUUGACUUUGAAAUCCUCAAAACAUUCCAAUUCCAAGUUGUAGCUACAGACUCUGGAACUCCAUCACUAAGCACUAACGUCACAGUGAACGUGUUCAUUCUGGAUCAGAACGACAACGCUCCAGUGAUCUUGUAUCCAGUCAGCGCUAAUGGUUCCGCUGAAGGAGUGGAGGAGAUUUCCCGCACUGUGAACGCAGGCCAUUUGGUGACUAAAGUGAGAGCCUAUGACGCUGAUAUAGGAUAUAACGGCUGGUUAUUAUUUUCACUGCAGGAAGUUACUGACCACGGUCUCUUUACUUUGGACCGAUAUACAGGACAGAUACGGACACUUCGGUCAUUCACAGAGACAGACGAGGCUGAGCAUAAACUGGUCAUACUGGUAAAAGACAAUGGGAACGUUUCACUCUCAGCAACAGCUACUGUGAUUAUCAACGUCGUGGAGCCCAAAGAGGCUUUUGCGGCUUCUGAUGUUAAAAGCGCAGUGAAAGACGAGGAGGAGAACAGAACUACAUUUUAUUUGAUAAUUACUUUGGGGUCAGUUUCAGCGCUUUUUCUCAUCAGUAUCAUCGUGUUGAUUGUAAUGCAGUGCUCCAAACCCACAGAAUAUUCAUCCAAGUAUUUACAAGAUGCGAAUUACGACGGGACACUGUGCCACAGCAUCCAGUACAGAUCUGGAGACAAACGGUACAUGUUAGUUGGACCCAGAAUGAGUAUAGGUUCUACUAUUGUCCCGGGCAGCAAUGGAAAUACUCUAGUGCUACCCGAACACAGGAGUAGAGCUUCUGGAGAGGUAAGAACUGUUUCCAAGCAUUAA